AGGAGGAGGGGAAGUGGUGCCUGACGCAGUGUAAGAGGCAGAAGCAGAGAGAGACGGAGAAGCAGGGAGGCAGAGCGCAUCACAUCAGACGCUGCUUUGCAUCCAAAAAAAUCUCAAUCACCACAUCAGGAGCCGCUGUGACCGACGGAGCCUCUUCUCGGUCACAGCUGAUGUCAGAUACAUCUGAAGAGAAAGGAGACAAGCUUGGACAAACAAUCAAAUAAACAGCAGAAAAACACAUAGACGCACUUCACUGAGACGCACGUCCAUCGCCGGAGGCAGCGAGCGGACCACUGUGCAGAGGAGCGCCGUCUCUCUGCGUACUGGCAUCUGGAUCCACAUCAGACACAGAGUGGACCAAUCUUGAAUCAUUGUGCCGAUUCAACUUACUCCUAGACAUCAAUAUUCCAGUGGAGCAAACCAAGAAGCAAAGUCAUAAUUGAUGUGAAAGUGUGCAGAAACCGAAGGCUUUGCUGGUUCACAGAGGAGCUCCAUAUGCAAAGGGACAAGUUCUCAAACCAAGGGAAGUCCAUCAAGUGCUAAGGGAGAAUGAGAAGAGACACCCAUCGAAUCAGAGAUGGCCACAGAGGACACGAAAAUCAGUCUGGCAGCAGGACAAAUUCAACUUGCCAAUUUAUAUUGGAAAUAAUUAUUGUGAACUUUAUAUAGGGAUAGAUGCUGCUUACUUAGACACACAACCUGCCAGUAAAGUGCCAACUCCAAUUGUUACACUCAUUUCUACUCCAGUAUUCUAAUUAUCCCUUCAAUAAAACCGAGAAAAAGGAGAAAGCAAGAAAUACAAGCAUAUAGGAAACAGAGAUAACAUAAAACAUCACUUUCGAUACAGAGAUUAUUUCUAGUGGAAAUAAAAAGAAUCCUCUUUUCAAUGGCUGUGGCCUACAGGAAUAAAUGUUAAAUGGCAGGGAUCUUUGGUUGGAUUUCACCGUCAGAUAUUGUAAUGACAUCCCAAAUGGCCCAGACAUCAAGACAGCUGAGAAAUAACAAGGCUGGUGGUUCUUCAUCCGGGAUCUUAUCCACAGCCAGCUCCUUCCUCUGCUGGCUUGCUCUGCUGUCACUGCUCCGACUACCGGCUGUAACAGCUGACUGCUGGCUUAUCGAAGGGGAGAAAGGCUUUGUGUGGCUGGCCAUCUGCAGUAUGAACCAGCCUCCCUAUGAAGCCAUUCCCUCCCAAAUUAACAGCACAAUUGUGGAUCUGAGGCUGAAUGAGAACAAGAUACGGUCAGUGCAUUAUUCCUCGCUCAGUCGCUUUGGAAACCUCACCUAUUUGAACCUCACCAAGAACGAUAUCAGCUAUGUGGAAGAUGGAGCAUUCUCAGCGCAAUUUAACCUGCAGGUUCUCCAGAUGGGCUUUAACAAAUUGCGAAACCUGACAGAGGGGAUGCUGCGGGGCCUGGGCAAGCUGCAGUAUCUCUACCUGCAAGCCAAUCUCAUCGAGACUGUUACACCCAACACCUUCUGGGAGUGUCCCAAUUUGGAAAAUAUAGACCUCUCUAUGAACAGGAUCCAAGUUCUGGAUGGAAAUUUGUUCUCUGCACUCUCUAAGCUAACGACCUGUGAACUCUACACCAACCCCUUCAACUGCUCGUGCGAGCUUCUAGGUUUCCUGCGCUGGCUUGCUGUGUUCCCAAACAGAACCAGUGAACGGAUGGUGUGUGACUCCCCUCAAGGAUUCUCUGGCUACAACCUACUUAGCCAGAACCCUCGUAUGCCAGCUCAACGAAACGCCCUGCAUGUGCUUAAUCUUGUAUGCACAGACGAUGGCAGUAGCGUGACACCCUUCUACAUCUAUGACUCCACCACUCAGCUGCCAGACUUUGCCUCCCCGUGUGGACUGGAUGAUUGUGCCUCCGGGACCGCUCCCGAUGACGUGAUAAGCCUUGGUCCCAUUUUCCCAGAUUCCAACCCAAUCAUAACAAUAAAACAAGUUCAACAUUCAAGUGCAGUCAUAACGGUUCAGCUUCCUCAUCCGUUUAAGAAAAUGUUCAUCCUGAUGCUAUAUAACAACAGCUUCUUUACUGAUAUCCAACAUCUGAACAAAAACAGUGAGGAUAUAGAGCUGAAGAAUUUGAAACCUAACACAGACUACACAUACUGUGUGGCUUCUAUACGGAACUCCUUAAGGUUCAACCACACUUGUUUAACCAUCUCUACUGGUCGAAAAGCUGGGGCUGAGAGAAUACGAAAUCAGUCAUCUGCGACUCAUUACAUCAUGACAAUUUUGGGUUGUCUGUUUGGUAUGCUACUCAUUCUUGGCUUUGUCGUACACUGCCUGAGGAAAAAGAGGAUCAUGGAGGAGAAGGAGAGAAAGAUGAGUAGAAUCCAGAGGACUUUGAUAGAACUCAAAUAUGGUGGGGAAGGGGAUAUAGAAGGAGGUGGUGGAGGAUCUGUCUCACAAAAGCUUGCUGCAGGGGAAAGUCUGUCCAGAAUGCCCUACCUGCCCCAGGGAGGCGAGAUUGAUCCGUACAAGCUUCAGGAAGUGAUAGAAACUCCAGGACACAAGUCUGCCAAGCUGAACUACAUGGAGGUCAGAGGCUCUGGCAUCGAAAAGGAAAGGGAAAGAGAAAGAGAACGAGAAAGAGAAAGGGAGAUGUCACCGCAAGCAAAUCCCCAGGGCUCUGUAGCUGAGAUCUCCACCAUUGCUAAAGAAGUUGACAAAGUCAACCAGAUAAUUAACAACUGUAUAGAUGCUCUCAAAUCUGAGUCUACAUCCUUUCAGCAGGGAAUAAAGUCUCCGACUGCAGGUGGAGGUGCUGUUUCAACUGAAGAGCCACAGUUGGUGCUUUUAUCUGAGCAGGGAGAGAGGGGAGGUGAGUUCCUCUCUCCUGUCUACAAGGGAGGAAGAGGCGGAAGAGAGGACCGGUCAAGAAGUUAUCACCCCUCUUUGCAACGACACCACAGCAUGGAAACUCCUCCAACAACCAAACGGCCAAGUACCUCCUCCUCUCCUGGUUCUGCACGGAGCCCUCGCUCUUUCCGCUCAGAGGGAGGGUACCACUCAUCAGAGUCCCGUUACAUUGAAAGAGCCUCACCAGGAGAAAGGGGAGGAGAUGCCAUCCGUACAGUCAACCCAGCUGCAGCUAUAUUGCGUGCUGAAGCCCAGAGAAUCCGUCAGUACAAUGAACACCGCCACUCCUAUCCAGGAUCUCAACAGCAUCUCCAAGAACUUCAGCACCAUCCACAGAUCCUGCAGGAGCUUCACCACCACCCAGGAGGUCGCAAACCUUCUGUGUUGGAUCCCAUUACUCUAAAUAGGCAGGCUAAGCAGCGUGAGUUAACCUACUCCCAGCUGUCGCAGCAUUACCCACUCUCACCCCAAUACCACAACCUCAGUUAUUGCUCAAGUCCUGAGGAAGAUGAGGAGGAGGAAGGGCUCCUAUGUACCCCAACUCUAGGGCUUUGGGAGAGGUUCAAAAUGCACCGUAAGAGGCAUCGGCAGGCAUCCUUAGAAGAUGAAGGAUACGUGGCAGCCGGGCACGCUCUGAGGCGGAAGGUUCAGUUUGCCAAGGAUGAAGAUCUUCAUGACAUACUGGACUAUUGGAAGGGUGUGUCUGCCCAACAGAAGGCUUAAUCCCAUAUGUGAAGUUGCCAAACACAUUGUACCUAAAAAAAGACUGCAAUUACAACACACUGAUAUGUGGACAUUAUCAUCAGACAUGUAAAUAUACUCAAACAGCUUAUGGCAUUUACAAAAAUGUACUUUGCACAUACAUGUUUAUACACACAGACACAACACACAUAGUUUACACAAACUAAGCCUUUUCCUCCCAAAACGGAUGAGGACCAAACUAAUAUACGUAUUAUAUUGAACAAAAAUAUGAAUAUAUUAUUGAAACUGAGAUACUUUUUGUAAUGUAAUGGA